AUGGCUUGUUUUCUUAGGCCGUCGAGCUGCAUUGCCUACCUUCUCGUCGUCCUUGCCUUGUGCUGCGGAACACAACACCGGAGAGUAGAAGCAUCCAGCCGACUCACCCAACAUCCGAGGAUCCUGACCACCGUCUCGGUGAUGAAACCCUCGUACCCCACGAUCACCACGCCCACUUCCGCAUCCUACGCCAUGCCGAUGUCCUCCAGGUUCCCGUCGCUGGCGGAUGCGAACGGCGGCGGUGACGUCGGCGGAGGUGGCAUUGGCGGUGGCGGUGCUGCUGGUGGUGCCACCGGCGGUGGCGGUGCUGCUGGUGGUGCCACCGGCGGUGGUGGUACUGCUGGCGGUGGCGUGGGGGGCGGCGGUGCUACGGGCGGGGGAGCUGCCGGUGGCGUGGGCGGCGGCGGUGCUGCUGGAGGCAUCGGCGGUGGCGGUGGCGGUGGCGGGACGUGGUGCGUGGCGAGCCAGAGCGCGAGCACGUCCGCGCUGCAGGUAGCGCUGGACUAUGCGUGCGGCUACAGCGGCGUAGACUGCUCGGCGAUCCAGACAGGCGGGAGCUGCUUCAACCCGGAUACCAUCCACGACCAUGCAUCCUACGCCUUCAACAGCUACUACCAGAAGAACCCUCUCCCCACCAGCUGCGACUUUGGCGGCACGGCCACCAUCACCACCACCGAUCCCAGCUCAGGAUCGUGCCAGUAUCCAGCGUCAAGCGGCGGCGCUCAAGGGAACAUGAUGCCCCCGCCAUCACCGACCACUCUGACGCCGACCACGCCGAUGACUCCGACGCCAAUGACCCCAUUCACCCCGACGCCAAUGACGCCCGACACCCCUAGCACCGGGACGCCUAUGUAUGGAUCAAGCUCGCCUCCAGACUUCGGGUCGAUGUCCCCUCCAGGCCCAGGAUCAAACUCACCUCCGGACUACAGCGACGUCGGCGCCGCCCCGGCGACGACGAUGGGCAGGGCAACGCUGGCUCUCGUCUCCAUCCUUGCCGCGACGCUAUCGAUGAGCCUCGCCACAUGA